GCAGCGCUACAGCAGUAAAUUGAGGGGCGCUGCUAGCUUAGAUAUUACGGUUUUUACACAUCAACAUGCGCCGCUGUCGCUUCAGCAGCAGAACCGACUGAUAACAACUGUGAUGUGAUUUAAUGGAGAUCACACAGAACCUCGAGCUGUCGGUCGCUUAUUUGUGCGGUUUUGAAUCUUCUGAUGACCAGCUUUGCAGCUUUCAACUACCGGAACGUGCAAUCAAGUGUUCAUUCCCUUUCCAGCUAGUGUUAGCAUAGUGGCUGCAAUGUAGGUAACGUUAGCUGGGAUGCUUGGACACAAAUAAAACAGCCCAGCUCCGGUGUUUGGACCUGCUUUGUGAUAAGUCACAUUGUUCUUUGUCUGGAAUGCAUCUCUCCAAGAAAUGUUCCGUCUUCAAAGUGGUGCUGAGUGCUCUGCUAAUAGUGGCGCUCCUGCAGCUCAUAUACCUGUCCUUCCUGUCUAAGUUUCACGGAAAGCAGCAGCGGUAUCGGUACUCUGAGCUCUUUGGAGGCUCUGCAGGUAAGAAAAAUGCACACCACGAGAAAAACACGAGGAAGGGACAUCUAAAAUACUCGUUGUCUUCAGGUGGGAUCUUCGACAACAGUGGGCAGUACAGAGUGUACAAGCACUUGAUUAAAAGUGAUUUCACCUCAAAUCAGAUGCCAGGCUCCAACCCAAAUGCUAAUAUCGUAGCUUUGGCCACUCAUACAACUAUCAACAACCUGCACCACCUGGAAUCUUUAUUGGAAAGAUGGCAAUCUCCCCUCUCUGUGGCCAUAUUUGCACACGGGGAAGAUGUCAAGUUUGCCACUGCCCUGGUCUAUGCACUCAGCUUCUUCUGCCCUCAGAUUCAAGCACUGGUGGAUUUCCACUUGGUCUGCCAGUCAGGAGAGAUGGCCAGUUUUCCUGAACAGGACCGUGAACAUUUUGCAGGGCUUGAGGACUGUGCUUCUGUGUUCUCCAGACUGGAGACCCACAGGGAUAAAUACAAGAACUACGUCAUCAAUGGAAAUGUCUCCUACCCCAACAACCUCCUUCGUAAUGUUGCUCGAGGGGGCACAGAUGCCUCCUACAUCCUGGUCAUUGACAUUGACAUGAUGCCAAGUGCAGAUCUGCAGCAGCAGUUCUUGGCCAUGGUCAUGAGGCGAGAGCCAGCAAAUGAUGAGGUGUUUGUACUGCCAGCUUUUGAGAUCCGCCACGCUAGGAAGAUUCCUGCCACCAAGGCAGAGUUGGUUCAACUCUACCAGGUUGGUGAAGUCCGGCCAUUUUAUGAAGAGCUGUGUCCUCGCUGCCAAGCCCCCACCAACUACUCCCAGUGGGUUAAUAGCCACGUUAGAAGGACAGGCACUCUGGAGAUUGCUUACACACUCACCUGGAUGGACCCCUGGGAGCCUUUCUACAUCGGGCCUCGCACUGUGCCCCUCUAUGAUGAGAACUUCAAGCAGUAUGGUUUUAAUCGAAUUAGUCAGGCCUGUGAGCUCCAUGUGGCCGGAUACAAGUUCUCUGUGCUGAGCUCUGCCUUCGUCGUGCACCGAGGAUUCAAGAUUCAAGGGGAGUUCCACGCCAGAAAAGAUGAGGAGAACAAGCGCAACCGAGUUCUGUUUCGCAGCUUCAAAGAAGGCCUGAAAACCAAAUACCCAUCUUCCACCCGCCGAUGUUGAACAAAGAUGGAGACCUUGUUUCCUGUUUUGUCUCAAUCUCCAGUAAAGCGCUCUCUCUAUCCAACUUUCAAUGUCAGCACAUAAAUGUCCUAGUUUUCUGUUGAUGCCACAGAUGGAGUAAUUUCUGGGAACUAGUUAUGCCUGAAAGAGAGAAAUGAUCCUUCAAGAAUGGUGGAAAUUGGUCAGUAAAUCACAAGUUUCCAAUGUUUUGAUUCAAUUGCACAUUCAGAUGCUGGAUUGUAUAUGAGAUCUAGUUCAUAUAAUAUUUGAGGAAAAUUUUCUAUUUUAAAUUAAUUUUAAACUCAUCGCGCUACUAAAAUAGAUACAAGAAUCCGACUGCAAGAGCAUGUCUGGAUAUAUUCAAAGAAAAAGCCCCAAAUUUCAAUAGUUAACCUUUUAACUUUUUAAAGGACGAUCAAAGAGUUACUGAUUUCAGAAUAGCAACAGUACCUAAAGCCUCUUCCUUUCAUGUGUUAUCUGACCACCAGAUGGCAAUAGUAACCUUAGGGUCAACCACAUAGUUUAAAUAUACUUGGAAUCCUAGCAUUCAGAGAAUAGUUAAGAAUAGAGAAGAUACAACGUCAGUGUUUAGUGCUCCAAAGGAUGCCUUCAAAAAUGUCCAGCCCCCAUGAGUGCUUGUUCAUGGCACAUACAGACUGAAAACAUUUGUCUCAUGAGAGCCAACUUUACAUAACACAAUUUACAACACUUACUUUGUGCCAACACUGGAAAAAGACUGUAUUAUAACACUAAGAAUCGAACACUGCUGGUCCUGUGUAUUGCCUGGCUUGAUUUUAGGGUUUGUUUUUUUACUUCUGGAAAUGCACUAUGGACACAGGCAGCUACAGGCAAAAAUGUAGCAUGGUUAGAGACAAAUACAAUACAUAGUAAACCACAAGCAAAAGCAGCCUGAGUUGUCAAAAUGAUAGCUGUGGAAACAGUUCUUCUAACACCACUAUUUAAAAAUAGCUCUUUUUUAUCUUGACUUGAUUCUGUAAUUCUACAACACAUGCUUAGAUAUUUAAACCUUGACCACCGUUCUUCCUGUCUAUGUACUGCAGUGUACGCAUAAACAAAAAAGACCUUUCUGAUUAGUUUUUGUUGUUAGUGUUAUGUAUCUGUUGAUUUUUGAAAGUUAAAUAUUUUUUCUUCUUCAUUCUUUGUAUGUAUGAUAUAUGUAUUGUGAAAAUAUUUUCUUAAACAAGAAUUGUUUGAACUAUUUUUAACAAGCUUAAGCAGAAAAAGGUGGCACACAAUUUGAACCACUAUACACUCAUUUAUGCAGUAUUUUUGAAGUUGGAUCCUUUUCAACAAAUGACCUAAUGUGAUUACGAUGUGCUAGUCUAUUUAUUGUGUCAUCAGUUACUCACAAACACAUUGUUUUUUGUAUUUAUUUAUUUUAUUUGAUAUCUAUCGGCCUGAUUUGUGUUGUUGGAAUUUGAAUAAAACCUGGACAAUU